AUGACAACUACCAUACCACUGAUUGUUCAAAAACAAAUAUUAAAGUUACUAUUAAAUUGUGAUUUAAUACCAAAGAAAGUUAAAUUAUCAUUAGAUUUGGUAUCAAAACAAUGGUUUAAAUGGAUUUGUGAUUGGGUUGAUCAUAGUUAUGUACUGUCAAUGUCAAUACCAUUUACUAUACUAGAUCAUCUAAAUAGACAGUCUGGUAAAAGUGCACCAAAAGAUAUGAUUGAAAGAGAGAGUGCACAAAGACAGAAAAAGGAGAACCAAGAAAAGGGUGUAUUUGAUACUAGGGUUUGGAGAGUGAUUAGACAUAUCCAGUUCCAAUAUAGUGUACCACUACACACUGAUUACUUGACCAAUAUAACUUACAAUACAAGUUUGGAAUUAGAGACACACGAAAAGGAACAAAUACAAGAAUACUUGGAGGAAUUAUCAAGUAUACGUGGGUUAGAUACCAAUGAUAAAUCAUUCAAUGUCUCUGAAUUGAAAAGAUCUAUCUUUUAUGACUCUGUAUUAAGACGUGGAAAGAGUUUGUCUAGUUUGACCGAUGUCUUGUUGAACGGGAACGAACCGAUCCGGGACUUUAUACAAUUGGGGUGUCCCAAGAGACUAGUGAUUCAAUUCUUUUCACUACCUUUGGGUACUCCAAGUGACGAGUUUUACCAAUCUAUCUUUCAACAAUCAAACACAAAAUUGGAAAGUUUAGAGUUUCAACAUAUCGAUGAUCCAACAAAUAUGUUGACAUGGCUUCAACCAUCAUUAUUCCCGUCUAUCCGUACCAUUAAAUAUACCGAUACUAGGGUAGAUAUUAAUGACAAGACUGUCGCACAACUCAUCCACACUUUUUACACCAUUAUCAACAUCCAUUAUGCUACCCCCGACCGACAUGCCUUUUCUCACCUUUAUCUAAAGUUGGCAAAGCUUGCCGAUUUGUCGCCACUCGAGACACUCCACGUCAGAAAGUUAACGGUGGCAGCACAAAACAAAGCACCCAGUAGUAAACCCCUAAACUUUUCAAGCAAUCAAUCCAUCAAGUCACUUGUUUUGGGUGGUCGCCUGGUUGUAACAUUUCCACCCAAACUCGAGUCAUUAAAGGUUACCGACUGUAGCUUUACAUCGUUGGGAAGGUUGAUGGAUGCCAAUACCCGUGACAAUACAGUACCUCUCGACGUUCAACUAACCUACCAUUUCUCACUUCUGGCGACAGAGAGAAUACAAAAAAACAAUUCAUUUCAUUGGGUAUCACAACUAAAUUAA